AUGUCUAAAUUUGACGCUGCACCUCCCAAUACCCACGCCGGUGGGGAUGAUGAUGCACUUCGAGGACAGGGUUCACUCCCGAUGAACCCGACGAAUGAUGCUGAUGAGAGGGUCGAUAUGGACGCAUACAGGAAAGCAGUUCCGCUAUGGAAGCGAAUCCACCAGCACAGCUUGACACAGAUGCUUCUGCUCAGCGUGCAAGCGUUCUGCGGUCCAGCAAUGGCAGACGCCAUCGCGGGUCUCGGUGGCGGUGGUCUAGCAACUCCCCAGACGUCUAACAUAGCCACGGCGAUUAACUAUGCGAUGCUUGCUACUGUCUGUAUGUUUGGCGGUCCCAUCGUCAAUAAACUUGGAACAAAGUGGGCGUUGGUCAUUGGCGCCAUGUCAUUUCCUAUCCGCGGAUCGUCGUAUUACUGCAAUAGCAAGUUCGGAAAUCAAUGGUAUCUCAUUUUCGGCGGCGUCUUUACUGGCAUCGGUAGCGGCUGCUGGUACGUCGCAGAGUCGGGAUCCAUCAUGUCACUGGCACCAUCCGGUGCUCGUGGUAAAUACCUGGCGUUGUGGAUUGUCGCUAGGAACCUCGGACAGCUAGUCGGAGGUGCUAUAAACUUGUCCAAGAACCACGUGAAGGGAGUAGUUGGCGGAGUUACUCCUGACACUUAUAUCGCUUUCUUAAUCAUUGAAAGUCUAGCACUACCGUUCGCGUUCCUGAUCUCGCCUCUUGAGAGGGUCGUGCGGUCCGACGGCACGCGCAUUCUAGUCUCGGAGAAGCUCACGUUCAAGCAAGAAACUAAGCUCAUCAAGUUCACUAUGACCUCGAAGCUUAUCCUACUUUCAUCUUUAUGGGCAGUCUGGUCGUUCUUCUAUAGUGGUACAUGGUCAACUUAUCUUGGCACCUAUUUCUCCGUCCGCUCUCGCGCUUUAUCUUCACUCGUUUCUCCGUUUUUCUGCAUUAUCGGUUGCUUCGGUCUUGGCUUUAUUCUCGACAUGAAGUCUCUCAGCCAACGCCGUAGGGCGCAAGUUGGCCUGUUUACCGUUGUUAUCCUCAACCUGGGCGUGUACAUCUGGUCUAUUGUCAUGCAAGCCAGGUUCAACACUACAAACCCUGGUAAGAUCGACUGGGAUGAGUCGAUCUACGCCUCAUCUUUCUUACCAUACUUCUUCGUCCAAACCACGGGUCCACUGUCGCAGUCGUACAUGUAUUGGCUUCUAUCAUCAUUUGCGACAGAUGCCCAAUCCAAUGUUCGUAACGGCGCAGCUUUCCGGUGCUUAGAAGCUGUCGGCCAAGCUAUUUCGUACGGCAUGAAUACGCAAAUCAAAGCCAAUCCCCUGAUCGGAUUCUGUGUGACCUUCGCUCUUAUGGCAGCUGCUGUAGGUCCAAUGCUGAUUCUAGUCAAUGCUACACCAGAUCGCAUUCCAGCCGACGUAAUACUCGAGGCACAAGAGACGCAGCAGGAGAAAAAGCUCCAAGGGCUCAAGGCUGAGGCUGAGGCAUAG